AUGCAGGCAUUCACCAACAAGAGACUAGACAGACAAGACAAAGAGAAAGAUUGCAGCCUUGCAGAGUUGGAAGCUUAUUUGUUAACUACAAACAAUAGUACCACAACAAAAAACACAGGACAAAAUGUCAAAUUUGAUACAUACACUGUUAUUGCUGCAAAUAACAACAUAUCAGUUGAACCAGGAAACGAAUCAGAAUCUUUGCAAGCACCAAGAUUAUUUGAUCUAAAUCAGGAGGCUCAAGGUGACGCAGAGGAUACUGCAACAACAAAUUCUAGAAGCACAAUAUAUACACAACUACAUAACGAGCAAGCACAACGAAUACAAAAUCAAGAAGAAAGAAAUCUGGAGAAAGAAGUAUUGCAACAGCAUGAAAAUCAAGAGGGCAAUACCCAAACUCAAGAAGAACUUGCAAAUGAGACUAGGCAUCCAACUGAACCUAGCAACACUACUGAAGACAGAAUUAUAGAUGACAUAUCAGAACCACCUGCACAAACAACUGAAGAGCGUGAAAUGGACAACAUGUUUGAAGAAGCAAACUAUCCAUCGAUGAAUGAGAUUGAGAAUGCAGAGGAACCACAAGUUGGGAUGUCUUUUGCAACAAGAGAAGAUGCCUUUUAUGCAUUCAAAAUUUAUGCUAGAAAGAAGGGAUUUGCAGUCAGGAAAGAUGCCUCUUACACAUCUAGAAUCACAGGGCAGCUAGAGAGACAGAUGUUUGUAUGCAAUAGGAGUGGCAAGCCAAUCUGCACAGAUGGGCCAGGACGAAAAAGAAGAAGUAAUGUACUCGAAAACACAAAUUGCAAGGUGCUUGUCCGGGUGAAGCUUGAAUUAGGGUUGUGGGUGGUGACUGCAGUACAUCUAGAACAUAACCAUGAGCUCGCACCAUCAACGUGGCUGGUCAGAUUCAUGAGAUGCCACAAGAACAUGAACGAGAGUGAGAAAAACUUUAUUGGUGUUCUACAGAACAGUAGGGUGCCACCAAGGAAAGUCAUGUCAAUCUUUAGACUAUUGAGAGGACACUUGAGGUGUAUUGGAUUCGAUGCAAAAGAUGUCAGUAAUCUACAAAGCAAGGAACGGAUGCAACACAAGCAUAAGGACAUAGCUGAGCUCCUAGACAUAUUCAAAGAUAGACAGAAAACUAUUCCAGGCUUCUACUACAGUGUCAUGGCAGAUGAAGAUGGCACAGUUAGAAGCAUCUUUUGGACUGAUGCAAUUGGAAUUGCUAACUACAAAGUAUAUGGCGACUACAUGUCGUUCGACACAACAUUCAGUACCAAUUUAUAUGGGAUGCCAUUUGCACCGAUAAUUGGUGUCAACAACCAUGGGAAGACAAUAUUAUUUGGGUGUGCCCUCCUAAAAGAUCAAACUAUCAGUACAUUCGAGUGGCUCUUUGAUACAUUCUUGAUUGCAAAUAACGGAAAGAUGCCAAGCUCUAUAAUAUCCGAUCAAGAUCAGUCCAUUGCAAGUGCUAUUCAGUCUAAAUUUCCUACAGCUGUACGGAGGUUUUGCUUCUGGCAUAUUGUUAAGGAACUAAAAAGAAAAAAUGUGGCCUUUUUCGCAGCAAGACCAAACCUCUACAAGAAGCUGAAAUAUGCAGUGAAGAACUCAUUCACAAUACAAGAAUUUGAAAUGAGAUGGAAUGAGAUACUAGAUGAAUAUCAAGCAAGAGAGAACAAUAGUAUCAAUUAUCUUUACAACAUCAGGAGGUACUGGGUACCAGCAUAUUUCAUGAGCUCCUUCUACCCCUUCUCUAGCACUACUGGGAGAAGUGAGAGCACAAAUGCUCUAUUCAAAGGGUACGUGACACACAAAGAGACAAUAGUCAACUUCUUUGAAGCAUAUGAACAGAUACAAGAGAAGAAUUUAUCAACACUAGACCGUUGUAGGUUCAACUCUGAGAUCAAAUGCCCAAGCAAAUGGUCGUUCAAUGGGCUAGAACAACAUGCAGCGACACUAUAUACAACUGCAAUCUUCCAAAGGGUUCAGAAGGAGUUCAAAUCUGCAACAGCUUAUGCAGUCAAAGAGAUUGUUCCAGAAAAGAUGUUCCAGCUAAGAAGAAAAACAGUGUAUGAUAGUGAAUUUGAAAAAGAAGAAUUCGAAGUGACAGUCACAGAAGAUAAGGAGCAUUUCACAUGCUCAUGUAGGAAAUUGGACCGUGAUGGUAUACCGUGCUGUCAUGUGCUGAAAAUAGCAGAGAGGUUGGAUUUGCUAAUGAUUCCUGCAAGUUUUGUAAGGUACAGAUGGACAAAGCAGGCUGAUCAGGAAAUAGUACUGCAGGUUGGCCAAGAAUUGACACUCAAACAUGGCAAUGCAGCAAAUUCAAUUCAAUACUGCUUGAUGAUGGGGGAAGUGUCAGACUACUGUUCAAGCAUUUCUGGAAACAAGAGAGCUGUUGAGCUUUUCACAGCUGAGUUUCAUAAAUUAAAAGAGACAAUCAAUUCAAAACUGACAGAACAUCAAGAUGCUAGUGGGAACCAAAAUGGAAGUACAUAUGUUGAAGGCACAAGUACUACAACAUUAAAGAAUCCUCCGAUACCUGAAGAGAGAAGCAAUAAGAAAAGGAGAAGAUCCAUAGCUGAAAAGAAAGAAAAGCAGGCAAUAGCUAAAGCAAAAAAAAAAGCAGCACCCAAAAAAAACACCGUGAAAAGGUGCACUCAAUGCAAGAGUACACUGCAUGACAAAAAGAGUUGCCCAGAGAUUGGAAAGAUGCCACAGCUACCACAGGUACAACAUUCAGCUUAA